CUGCCCUGCACAGCUCAGCUGGGAUGAAGGGGGCUCUCGGACCCCUCCUGCUCUCCCUCCUUCUGCUCCUCCAAGCUGGAGGUUGUCAAGAAGUAAAAGUGAUGGCUGCUGUUGGGGAGAUGGUUCACCUGCAGCCCAAGACAUGGCCAUUGUCCUGGGUGGCAAUCAACUGGAAAGUGAAACUGCAUUUAGAAGGCUACUGGAUCCUCAGACACGAUCAGAACAGGACCUCGGCCAGUCCAUUACUGCCCUUUGCUGACAGAGUCUCUUUUCACCCUGGGAAUCUCUCGCUGCAGAUUAACUCGGUCACGGAGAAAGAAAGUGGCCUCUACACCAUGGACCUGAAGCUGGGGGAUGGCUCUGGAAUCACCAGGAAUUUUCAGCUGUUUGUGCUGGACCGUGUCCAGCAGCCCAACAUCAAGGCAUCUACUUCCCAGGAACAUGGACAAUGCUACCUUACCCUGUCCUGCUUGGUGCCCAAAGCUGCCUGGGUCACCUACAGCUGGUCUCAAGGCGUAUCUUCCAGCCCAGCCCCAGAGGACCGUUGGCUCCAAGAGCAUCAAGCUGAUCUGCAGCUGGAGAUCACUAAAAGCAGCAGCAACACCUUCUAUCACUGCAAUGUCAGCAAUGCCAUCAGCUGGGGCAUGGCCACCAUCGAUGUCGAACCACUGUGCAACUACACAGCAAACACGCCUGACCCGGCCUCAUCGCUGUCCUACUGCCAGGCCAAGGGGCUCAUCCUGCUGUUGGUGCUGGGGGUGCUGAUCACCGGGACCGUGGCGGUGCACAUCAUGCCUGGCAAGCUGCCGAAACAGGACUGAGCAGGGCCCAGCCCACACCAGCCCUGCUCUGCUCUGGGAGGGAAGGAUAGAAAAGCUGCAGCAAGGAGGAGAAGCAGCCAGUGGGCUGCGGGGGUCCGACUCCCAGCGACACAGACCAGUUCCUAAAGCAUCACAGGUGCCCUGGAGGAGAAGUGCCACCCCAUCGCUGCCUCCUACCGUGCCCGGCGGGGACAACAGACCAUGGCCCCCAGUCUGCAAGGCAGUCACUGGCUGGGCUCAGGGACCCACAGACACGGGCAAGACACAACACCGCUGUCCCGGGGGAGCAGCAGCCUCUAAACAAACUUUCCCUCCUCUGCACUGUCUGCUCUCUGAACCCUCAGGGUCAAUCCUCCCCCAACUACUCCCCUAGAGCCCCAUGGGGUUGCACCGUGGCCCCCAGGGCUUGUUCAGCCAUCAGCAUUGUGGGUGCCAACGUCCCUGGGAGGCAGGAUCUCCACUGGCAGGGGUAAUGCCCAAGCACCCUCUUCCCCCCCCCCAUUUCUCUUUUGCAACAAACCCAGCCCAGCCCCAUCAGGGGGAAGCUCCCAACAAGCCUUGCUGCCUGCCCCUGCACUUCCUGCCCCUCCUUGAAAGCCUGCCUCCACUGCACCCACCCCAGUGCCCGGCCUGGCCCCUGCUCCUGCUCCUCUUCCCAGGCAGGGCACUGCUCUACUGCUGGGCCAAGGGGCUUGUCCUGCUGCCACCUGCCCUGGCUCCCAGGUUUACACAGACUUGGACCCAGGAGCAGGGCCCCGCAGGGUGCUCUGUUGGGACCCAGAGUCCUCCUGGCCUGCGGUUUGAGCUUUGGGCUUAGCUUAAGCUCUGUGCUUUGCAUGAAUUGUGGUCAAGAUGAGCACGCAGUGUAAGGAGCAGGUGGGAAAAUACUGUCCCUGCCUGAAACCAAAUCGAGAAGUUGGCUUACUAAUUUGAAUAAAUAUAGCCUGGACAAAAGAGCAAACCUACCCCCACCUAAGAAUGAAAACAUCACCUCCGAAUAGACAAUCCCAGUUAACGGUUACCAUAAUUUGGCAAACACAAGUAAAAUUAUUAAUAUGCAUUACGAGAAAGGCUUACGUUGAUUUUCUGUAUUAAGAAAUGCAAGCUAUCUGGUAUGUAAAGAAAGGAGAGGGUUCAAUAAACUUGCUUCUAGUUUAGGACAA